AAAUCUCAUAAAAUGUAGAUGAUAACUGGGAAUAUUUUGCCUUCUGACUUCGUUCAGAAAAAAAGGUUUUCUUAAACAAAAUCUUAUUACACUUUAUGCAUACAUAUUAUUCCGUAUCAAACAUGAAAAGUGGAACUGCUUUAAUUUAUUUUCUCGGUGAAAUUUCAUUGAUUGGGAAAAUAGCAGAGGCUUAUGAAAAUCUUGCUUUACGGAAACAAACAUGGCAGCAGUAUCCUUAUAUGUAUAACGACUGGCCCACGUAUUUAGAUUUACUACUAUAUAAUUAUCCGGCGGAUAAAGCCGUGGAUGGAUUGUUUUCAGACCGGUCUAAUUCUGUUGGACAAUGUACAAUAUCUGGUAAUCAAAAAAGAACUGCAACCUGGCGGGUGGAUCUAGGAAAAGUUCUUAACAUACAUCAUAUAACUAUCUAUUACAGGACGGACAACCUUCCAUGGGGCCCUGACAAUGGAUACACAAGCCGAUUCCUUGGAUUUUCGCUUUUUAUAUCGAACACCACCAACAAAGAUGACGGUUAUCUAUGUUUUAAAGACACACACUACACUAGAGAAACGAUACCGAGUAAUAUUACAAUAGAAUGUAUAAAGCAUGGACGGUACGUCAUCUAUUACAAUGAAAGACUCCCAGGAGUUACCUACCCUGAUGGAUAUUCUACAUACGCGUACAAUGAACUCUGUGAAGUCCAGGUUUAUGGAUGCCCUUCCUUUGUUAUUUACGGAGAAAAUUGCACAUUUCCGUGUCCACAGAUUUGUCGUGAAGGAAGCUGUAACAUUGUAGACGGAACUUGUUUUGGAUGUAUUGCCGGGCACAGAGGCUCACGAUGUGAAAAAUUUUGUGACGGAGGUAAAUUCGGACAAAACUGUGCUCACUCAUGCGGGUCUUGUCUUGAUAAAGAACAAUGUCAUCACAUUAAUGGGUCAUGCUUGAAUGGAUGCGAUAAAGGUUACUAUGGAGACAGAUGUACACAAGUAUGUUCUGAUGGGUGGUACGGAUACAACUGCCUAGACAUGUGUGACGUCAAUUGUGGAGAGCGGACAAGAUGUGACAGGAAAUCAGGACAAUGUCAAAAUGGGUGUCAGCCAGGAUGGAAGGAUAUAAAAUGUGACAAGAAAUGCGACGGAGGUAAAUUUGGAUUAAACUGUGCUCAGUCAUGCGGGGUCUGUCUUGAUAAUAAACAAUGUCAUCACAUUAAUGGGACAUGCUUGAAUGGUUGUGAUAAAGGUUACCAUGGAGACACUUGUACACAAG